GUGAAGAAAUGAAAGUGAACUUGUGUCUGUGAUCGAUGUUGUUGUGACGCUGUUAAUACCGUGUUAAUUUUAUUUAAAAACACGGUAAUGCGUCUUUUAACGGUCGUCCGCUGAAGAUAUGACGCUCUGCGUGGCGCUCACGUGCUGAUCAGCGUAAACACUCGGUGAACUUCUGUCACUGGCUGUUAUUUUAGAUCUUCUUUUAACUGCAAUGGAGUCUCUGUCAGGAAACUAUAUUUCUCAGCUGAACGAGUAUCAGCAGAAGACUCAGUGCACCGUGGAGUAUGAGGAGGGAUCCACAGAUGGACCGAGCCACAACAAGACGUUCACUAUGAGGGCUAUUAUUAAUGGACAGCGGUAUCCUGAGGGCACUGGGAAAUCCAAGAAAGAGGCAAAACAAAAUGCUGCCGAGAACGCCCUUAAUGGCAUAAAAAACACUCGAAAUACUGAAACUACAACAUCAUCUGUUCAAAACACUCCCAACAAUAUGACUGUAUCUCAGAGGAAUUAUAUUUGCUGGCUCAAUGAAUAUUCACAGAAGAGCAAGUUGCUAUUCAAGGCUCGCGAGUCCACAAAGAUGGAUCCAGGAAAUGCCACUCAAUUGUGUACUUAUGUUUGUAAGUAUGUUUGUGGUGAUCAAGAGUUUCCUGAGGCUUAUGGAAAAAAUAAGAAAGAUGCUAAAGAAGCAGCGGCAAAAUGUGUUUAUGAAGAGCUGCUCAAAACACAAGAUGUAGAGGCCUUUGACAACAACAGCAAUCGAACACAGCGGUCAGAGGUUAGUGCUAGCCUGGACCGUGCCAGUUUGAGUUUUGUUGAUGAAUCUCGAAGCUCCACGCCUGACAGCAACUACAUAGCACGUCUCAAUGACUACAGCCAGAAAUAUAAACGUGCACAUGAUUUCAAAUUAGUGGAGAAACGAGGCCCUCCUCACAAUCCUGAGUUUGUAUAUAAAGUUGUCAUAGACGGGAAGGAAUACCCUGAAGGACAAGGAAAGAGCUCAAAAGAGGCAAAGCAACAUGCUGCUCAGCGCGCUUGGAGCGAGAUUAGUGAGCAAUCUGGAUGGACCACACAGAGUUCUGAAGAUGACAGCUCUUUACAAACUCAAGAGACAUCUAAAUCUCAGGAUGCACAGCACUCCUCAAAAAGCUCGUCUGAAACUCCCAGCUCAAGUUCUUCCAUUGUCUUCAAAGACUCAUCUGCUGUCAGUUCUCCUAUGGCCAUAAGUCCUAGUGUGAGUCCACUGGAUGUGAAGCCGAAAAUAAAAUUAGCACCAAAUUUUAAUCUGGCACCAAAUGGCCUGGCCGGGAGUAGAGAGAUUGGUCCUAACAUGAAUGUACAAAAACCAGCAAAGCCAUCUGGAGGUCAAACUUCAAACCAAGUUACAAAGUCAAGGUUUUUAGAAGACUUUGACUCAAUAAAUCCAAUUGGCAAAGGUGGCUUCGGCCGUGUUUUCAAGGCAAGACGAAAACUUGAGAACACGUAUUAUGCUGUGAAGAUAGUGAAGAGUACAAAAAAAGCUCGUCGUGAGGUCGGUGCUUUGGCUAAGUUUAAUAACGCCAACAUCGUCCGCUACUACACAUGUUGGGUCGAGGACACAUCGUACAGACACGAUUCUUCAGAGAGCUCCAGCCACUCAGAUUCUGGCAGUGACCCGGGAACAAAGUACCUCUACAUUCAGAUGGAGCUUUGUGAGGGAGACACGCUUCGUGCCUGGAUUGAUAAAAAUAACUCUUCAAAUGUUGAUUAUCCAGCGAGGAGGACGGAUGCAGCACAGAUCAACAGGCAGGUGCUGAAUGCCGUGGAGUACAUUCACAAAGAGGGCUUGAUCCACAGAGACCUGAAGCCUUUGAACAUAAUGUUCAGCAGUGAGCGAAAAAUAAAAGUUGGAGACUUUGGUCUCGUGACCGCAGCAGAAAAUGAAAAUGAUGAGCAACUGCUGGAACGAACCAAAAGGACAGGAACCCGUAUUUACAUGAGCCCGGAGCAGGCGACUCAAACAUCAUAUGACAGAAAGGUGGAUAUAUACGCUCUGGGUCUCAUUUAUUUUGAACUCAUCUGGAAUCUCUUCACGUCACAUGAAAAGAAAAAGAUUUGGGAAGAUAUAAGAAGUAGGGAUUUUCCACCACAGUUCUCCAAGAAAUUUAACUUUGAGCACAAGCUCAUAGAUCGAAUGCUGAGUCCCAGUCCUGAAGAGAGACCAGACGCCUCAGAGCUGAUCAGAGAGCUGGACCGAUAUAACAUCCUGAAUGCAGAUAAAGACAACAGGACGAUUUAAUGAGAUCUCAUCUCUUGAAUGCCUUUAUAAUAAUAGCAGUUGCUUAAACUGUAACAUUUAAGGUGAAGCAUUUAGCAGAUGAUGCAUCUUAAAAUUUCACAUGGCAAGUGUGCAAUUCUAAAAACAACUACAAGGGGUAAGUUGAUGUAAAAAAACAACAAAAAUAACAUUUUGUCAUCAGUUACUCAUCCUUAUACCGUUAUUCUGUGGAAAAUAUGUAACAGAAUGUCUGCUAUGUUCUGUAGAACACAAAAGAAAGAAAAACAGAAGUGCAAAAAGGUAUCAAAUCAGUUUAUCUUGUGUCUAACACUUCUUUCGGAUCAUGCUGUUGUAUUACUGUAAUUCAGUCUGUAUGUUUACAUGAAUUAUCAUGUCAAGAAUCAACGGUUGGCACAUUGUUGUUUGACUCGGUUUCAAUUUACAUGAAUUUCCUUUGGAACAGAAGUUGAAUCCAUUAGCUGUCAGUCUUUAUUGUGAACCACUGUAUUGCAUAAUAUUCUGUAACAAUAAAUCAUGAGCUUUUAA